CUAAAGAAAAGCGUGAUGAUGAAGUAAGAUCGUCUAUUAAAAUUAAUCCUUUCAGUUCGACGAUGCAUCACCAACUAUUAUGCUGCGUGGGAUUCCCACUUCCCUUGAUCAUCGUGAUGUACGUAUUGUAUUAACUCGAUUUAUUUAUAGAUUCGUGACGCUCUUGAUGAUGCUCGCGUGAGUUACUUAGACGUUCGUGUAAUCAAGGAUAAAACAACGGGGUAUAUUUCGUGUGCGACGCUAUGAAAUACGACUGAUGUACAGCACUCCUCGAAACCAGCUUGAUUCACUGAUACAUCAUUCUGGAGAUGCCCCCGGGUUACUUGGUCCGUCAAGCUUUAUGACUCGUCCUCCUGCGUUGUCAGAAGUCUCCACCGGAGACUGGAUCUGUUCAAGGGUGGGUAUUAUUUAAGUAUUUCAUCUCACAGUUAUUUCGAAAUUUAAAUUUAUCGUGCUGGGAAUAACUUCUAAAGUAAUAAUUCAUCCGACCCUUCUACUGGUUAAUUCUUAUCUAGUGUUCUAGUCACAACUUCAGAAGGCGAGAUCAGUGCUAUAAAUGUCAGUUGCCAAGGUCUCAAGUGCAAUCUCUCACAAACUCAGUCGAUGGUGUUGAUCUCAUCGGUACAACUCCAUGUAAUAGUAUGCUCAGUUAUUCACAAAACAAUUGUUGUGGCAUAGAGCACCAAAAAUGUCACAGUGGAAUGAAGUGAUAAGAGAAAGAAAGGUCAUAGAAACAAACGUAUAAACAAAAAAAGUAUUCGGUAUAAAAUACUGUGCGAUGAUGAAGACUACCAAAGUCAAUUUCGUCCAUUUAAAAUGGGCUUCUUUAUAAAGAAUGUUAAACCAUAUCUGAUAAUGUCCCAAGUCAUUUGAUUUGACCAUCUUUAGGUCCCCACCCGAAAAAUUCGCUACUAACGAUUUAACGUCAGUUACUUGUAAUGACCUUUUUAAACUCGUCACAGCGUUUAAUACCAAGAUGCAACUCCAGAAAAUAAUGUACAAUGAAGAGACAACUAAGGCAAGUCACUGUAGCCGAUUUUAAAUAUGUCAUCAACAAAUUUAUUGACUUCACUAUCAUACACGUUUUCGGUUGUCGGAAAUACUAACACAUUCUCGCCGUACGUGAGCAACUUUUAAGAGACCAUCUCACAAGUAGACAGACCUUACGACAAUUCCGAUAGUCAUUAUAACUCUCUUCGUCCUUCACUACAUGUGGAUCGAUCUCGUAUGUCUCCAUCACUCACGCAAACUAGCCGGGUACAUCAACCUCUCAAUCAUUCCUCACUACCUCAUCAUAUUAGUGCAUGAAGGCUCCUUUCAUCCUCUCAUUUCAAAAGUUUUAAAAAUAUACUCAAUGUUUUAAGAUGUCGAUCGAUAAGUAAGUCAUAAAUAAAUGUCGUACAAAUAUACAUCUGUUUUCCACAUCAGAAUGAGGUGAAUUUAACUGAAUGUAUGAUAAGAGUCGACGUAGUACUGUAAUGAACAAGAACUCAAGUGGGGACAACCAAUGUUUUUCAAUACAAAGUUACAGAAUCUCUCGGCAACAUGUGAGAACCAUACGUUGAAUACUUCAUCUGCAAUCUUCCAUAAUUUGCCCUUCACAUUCUAUAUAAUUCUUUCGAUUCACAAUUCCUUCCUAGUUCCGUUUCUGUUUUCUUCAAGCCGACCUUCAUAGCCUUCUGCUACCAGGUUUUCAAUUUCCGAUAGGCGUUACAUACUAAUUAUAUCUACCGACAUAAGUAACAUGCCGCAGUAGUAGUGUUUAUAGUUGUAACAAAAAUUAGACACAAUAUGACCCAAUUAGGAGAUGAAAUACUAAAACCUAAGGUUUAUGGAAAGAGAAAAUAAUGAAUACAUCUCCGUCCCAGCGAAUGGUUUCGAGUCAUUCUAUAUAAGGUUUGACUCACAGUUUUCACCAAAAAUAUCCGUCGUCACUGUGUGGAGGAAUCCCACGCUUUGCCUAAUAUAUCAUUGGAUUUUGACGAUUAUGUAAAACCAACGUUUUCAAAUACCUUUAUAAGUUAACCUGUAAGGUCCUACUGCUCUUUUUGAUCCACUUUAGUUACGGUGUUUUUCAAUACAUGACCCAUUAAUACUAUCGGUGACUAGCAAUCGAGGAAAGGCCAGUUGGGAUGUUCUUCGGAGUUUAUUGGUCUUCGUUCAGAUCUAGAAGUGAAGAGUGACGGUACCGCCAUCACAGAUAUGUUCCUAGGGAAAAUAGCAUUUUGUCUAACUUCACGAACUGAUGUACAAAAGAUAUCAUUAUUGUGUGUAGUUACUGUUCUGCUCAUAGAGAACGAACAUUCAGUCCCACUUUUUGAUUGUGAAAUAUAGCUUAGUAACAUCAAAGUAAACCACUACAAGAUCGGUAGGUCACUAAACGAAGUGAUUAUCACUGAUGGAAUAAGUCUAUAUAUGCUUGCUUAAAGUUUUCUUUACUGGACAAUGCUGCUUAAAGAGAAAAAAUGUGUUUAGGACUAACCAUAUAAAUAUUUUUCUAGAGAUACUUCCUGUUAUCUAAAUAAUCAAAUGGAAUUCUUAUACCUGCAGUUUGAGAUUAUCAUAGUAAUAAUGAUAGUCAAUUUGUGUCAAUUAAGAAGUAGCUAUUCGUUUGCAUUUAAUUUACCCGCACCUGAAAACCAUAUUGGCAGGUUUCGACGUGAAUCAGUGACACACUCAAAGCCUAGAUACAGUAUGACAAAAAAGUUUUUGCUUUUCAUAACACUUGUUUUUUUAAUGUUUCGUGCUAUUUAUGAUUUAUUUAUUGUUUGAAAUAUCACUGAAUAAAUAUUUUGGAUUUUCAGCUCUCGUCUUGAGAUGCUUGGAUGCACUAACUACGGAAGAUGACAUUUGCCAGGUUUUUCAAGAUACGGCCGACGUAAAGGUGCGGCAGUGUCAUGUAAUGAGAGAUGAAGUAACACAUGCUUCCAGGUGCUUUGCUUUUGCGGAGCUUCCCACGGUUGCCGAUGCUUACAAAGUCAUGGAUAUAGUGAACAAAGAAUUCAAGCUUUUUGAGGUCGGAGGAAAAGCAGUAACAGUCUCGUACGCAAAGAACACUUUCAAUACUAUUAUGGCAACACUAAAAACGGAAGGAUCAUAUAACGCCCAGUUAAAUAGUAGUCGCAACUUGGCUCUGGAUUUAGCGCAUGCAGCUAUGGCCGCACAAAAUAAUAACAUAUCACCUGAUACUGUUGCAAUGAAUGCUGUUGCUGCAUCAGCAUUACUGAGUCAAACUUCGAACAAUGGUGCUGCUGUUGCCCAGGCAGCGAUACAACAAAAACAAACUGAACAACAUGUGUUAUCAGCUCUGACGAAAUCUUUGCGUAACCAUUCGGAACAUACUGUCUCGUCUAACUAUGCACCGUCUAUGGCAGCACUCGUGGCAUCUGGUCAGCAGCUCCCACCUCCUUCGUUCCCGUUCAAUGCUGUGACGGCAUCUACGACUACAUAUCCAUUUCCGGACACAUCUAAGUACAUAUACGAUGAGUCUACUCGCUUUUACUAUGAUCCUGUCACUGGUCUAAUGUAUGAACCUAACUCAAAAUACUUCUAUGACCGCGGAAGUCAGCAAUAUUAUUACUGGGAUCAAACGAAGAGUACAUAUCUUCCUGUACCACAAACAAAUCCUCAAUCCAAUUCCGUCGAUAAUGCGGCUUCCAACUCUCAAACCGAUACAUCAGAUGCUCCUAAAAACAAAGAUGAUCGUGGUAAAACAGCUCAACAGAUUGCACGAGAAAUGGAAAAGUGGGCUAAGAAGAUGAAUGCUCAGAAAAAAGCAUCAUCCAGUGUCGGACAACGCUCUGAUGUGAUAACAUCUGAAGCCAGUAGAACAGCAGACACAGGGUACGCAAUCUUGGAGGCGUCUGCUAACAAUCCACUUACAAGUGACUCACACACACCUGAAUCUGCCAGUUUGGUUGCAGAAUAUGGCGGUGUUGAAGAUAGUGACGACUCUGGCCAGGAUGAGACACAUAGUGAAAAACAAGAUUCAUUGUUGUCAUUCGAUGCUGAAGCUGAAACAAAAGUUUCUGAAGAAGAAAACAAACUUUUGGAUUGGGCCAAGCUUGCUUGUAUGUUGUGCUCCCGCGGUUUCAAAGAUGCGGCAACUCUUCAAAAACAUAGAGCAUUUUCUGGCCUCCAUUAUGAAAAUUUGAAUAAAUUACGCGGAAAAUAUGGUUUACCAGCAAUUCCUGUUCCAACCCCUGUACAAAAUCAAGAAGCUUCAACAGCUGUUAAUUCACCUAAAAAUUCUCUUUCAAUAGCAUCGUUAAUGCAGAUUGGUGCUCAAACGGCCAGUAAUCAUGCGAAAUCAGUAGCAUCUAGACAAGUUAGUAGUCGGCCAAGCGCAUCCGGUCAAUAUCGUGAUCGAGCCAAAGAGCGUCGUGAAAAGUAUGGGAUACCGUCGCCACCUAGAAUGAAGUCUGUUGAAAGUCAACCGUCAGUCAUACAGAUAGAACAAGACUCAUUCGUUCCUCCACUCCCACCAAUUCCACCUCCACCCCAGUCAGCUCCCAACGUCGGGAGUCGGCUUAUGGAAAAAAUGGGCUGGCAAGCUGGUCAAGGUCUUGGCCGAAGUAAUCAAGGACGGACUCAAAUAGUUGAAGCUGAAUUUAGAGAAGCUGGUGUUGGUCUUGGAAUCAAAACAUCAAAAAGAGGACCUCAGUCAGACAAUUAUAAAGAUAACGUUAAGCGAGCAAUGUUUGCCAGAUUCCACGAAUUAGAGUAACUACUCGUGGAUUGUUUCUUUGUAUAUAAUCGUUUUUUCUGACGUUACUUCUUAACCUGAUCUUCUAGCAUUUCUGUAAAUCUUAUCAUUUUUGUUCAGUUCCUGGGUUUAUUGAUUAAUCUUAAUCUACAACACACUAAUCUGUUGAAAAACCUGAUUGACUAAAAUAUAAAUCUUGUA